UUCAGGGUUUAGAUUCUUUUCUCAAGGCAGCAAUGGCAAAUAGGUCGCCAAAGGGUUUAAUGUGUUGUCCAUGCAGUGUUUGCGAAAAUAAAAAGGAAUUCCGGAAAAGAGAAACUCUAUGGAAUCACCUGGCCUUGAAUGGUUUCAUGAGUAACUAUAGCCUUUGGACUAAGCACGGCGAAGUUGGAGUUACGAUGGACGAUAAUGAAGAAGAUGACGAUGGUGAUAACAAUCUUCCAGAUUGGGCAUGGGUUCAUGAAGCAGGUGGCUUUCAAGAUGAACCAAUGGACGAGGGUGAAGCAAAUGUUGCACAAGAGGAACCACCUGACGAGCUAGGUCAGGCGUUGCUUGAUGCACAGAAAGACAGUGACACUGUGAAGGAGGCAUUAAAGUUUGAGAAGAUGUUGGAGGAUCACAAAAGGCCGUUGUUCCCUAAUUGCAAACCGGAGCAGAAGAAGUUGGGUACCACGCUAGAGAUGCUGAAAUGGAAGGCAACUAAUGGGGUCACCGAUAAGGGAUUUGGUGAGCUAUUAAAGAUUGUAAAGAACAUGCUUCCUGAGGGUAAUGAACUGCCGUCAACAACAUACGAAGCUAAAAAGAUGGUUUGCCCUCUUGGAUUGGACGUGCAGAAGAUUCACGCAUGUCUUAACGACUGCAUCCUGUAUCGCGGCGAAUACGAGAACUUGGAAGCUUGUCCUGUUUGUAGCGCAUUGCGGUAUAAGAUCAGGCGAGAUGAUCCAGGUGAUGUUGAUGGGGAGCCGGUAAAGAAGAGAGUUCCCGCAAAGUUGGUGUGGUACUUCCCUAUAAUACCACGUCUGAAGCGCUUUUUCAAAAACAAGGACAACGCUAAGUUGAUACGAUGGCACAAAGAAGACCGUAAGGAGGAUCACAUGAUCAAACACCCAGCAGAUGGGUCCCAGUGGAGAAACCUUAACCGAGAGUAUCCUCAAUUUGACAAUGACCCAAGGAAUAUAAGAUUUGCUCUAAGUGCGGAUGGAAUGAAUCCGUACGGGCCAAAAGAACCUGGCAACGAUAUUGAUGUGUUCAUGCAACCCUUGAUGGAUGAUCUCUUACUGCUCUGGAAAGAAGAAGGUGUACAUGUGUGGGAUGAGUAUAAACAGGAGUCUUUCAACCUUCGAGCUUUGCUUUUUGUAUGCAUCAAUGAUUGGCCUGCACUUGCAAAACUUUCGGGACAGUCGAACAUGGGAUACAUGGCCUGCACCCACUGUUAUGAUGAAAUCGAUAGCAUUUAUUUGAAACACUGUAAGAAGUGCGUAUACAUGGGCCAUCGCCGAUUCCUUCCUACCGAUCACCCCCUAAGAACCGAAGGGAAGCAUUUCAAAGGAGAGCCCGAAACUCGUCGUAAGCCUCUGUUCCGUAAUGGAAAGCGUGUGUUCUCGAUGAUCAAGGAUGUGAAGGUAGUAUUUGGAAAGGGUCCCGGUAGCCAACCUGUUCCGAAGGAUGACCAGGGACAUGUUCCAAUGUGGAAGAAGAAGUCUAUAUUGUGGAACCUACCUUAUUGGCAAGUCUUACAGAGAGACAAAGGACGCCACUAUUUAAAACCUGCCAGCUAUAAUCUGAGUAAAGAGGAGAAGGAAAGCAUGUUCGAUUGCUUGAACAGUAUCAAGGUCCCGUCUGGGUACUCCUCAAAUAUACAGGGCAUAAUAAAUGUGAAAGAGAAGAAAAUCCAAAACUUGAAGUCCCAUGACUGCCACGUUCUGAUGACACAAUUACUUCCGGUUAUACUGAGGGGUGUUCUACCGGAAAAUGUGAGAUUGGCAGUUGUAAAGCUUUGUGCAUUCAUGAAUGAAAUUUCACAGAAAGCAAUUAAUCCAAAUAAUCUAAUAAAGCUGCAGAAAGACAUUGUCGAAUGUCUUGUCAGCUUUGAGAUGGUCUUCCCACCUUCCUUCUUCAAUGUUAUGACACACCUUCUAGUUCAUAUUGUGACAGAAAUAACUAUUCUGGGUCCUGUUUUUCUACACAAUAUGUUCCCUUUCGAGAGGUUCAUGGCAGUAUUGAAGAAGUACGUGCGUAAACGUUCUCGCCCAGAAGGAUGCAUUGCUAAGGGCUAUGGAACCAAGGAGGUCAUUGAGUUUUGCGUUGACUAUCUUCCUGAUCUCAAUCCGAUUGGGCUCCCCGUGUCACACCAUGAGGGGCGACUAAAGGGAAAAGGCACACUAGGAAAGAAAUGUAAUGUGCACAUCCCUUGUAGUGAAUUCAGCCAAGCAAACUUCAUGGUUCUUCAGAAUUCAUCCAAGGUGGCUCCAUAUAUUGAUGAGCACAUGAAUAUUAUACAGGGACCAUCAAUCACUGUCCAACAAUACCAAGGGUACGAAAUCAAUGGGUAUACAUUUUAUACGAGAGCUCAAGACAAAAAAAGCACCAACCAAAACAGUGGUGUUCGUAUGUGUAUAGUAAACAGUAAUGGAGAAAAGAACAACUACUAUGGUGUCAUAGAGGAGAUAUGGGAACUUGAAUAUGGACCCAUAGUUGUCCCUUUAUUUCGUUGCGAAUGGGUGGCUGGAGGAGGCGUAACGAAGGACCGGUAUGGGAUGACCAUAGUUGACUUCAAAAAGAUUGGAUAUAAAGAUGAACCAUUUGUUCUAGCCAAGGAUGUGACACAAGUGUUCUAUGUGAAGGACAUGUCGAGCAAACCGAAGAAGAAGUCAGAUAAGACGUCUGAAGCAGACAAGGCUGGAAAUGAGCCGAAAUGGCACAUAGUUCUUCCAGGAAAAAGAAAAGUUGUUGGAGUUGAGGAUAUUUCGGACAAUUCGGAAGAUUAUGACCAGAUUGAUGACCUUCCUCCAUUCUCAGUUGACGUUGACCCUAGCAUCCUCUUAUCCAAAGAGGACACACCUUACUUACGCUGUGAUCACGCUCAAGGCACUUUCGUCAAAAGGAAGAUUAUCAAUGUUCCGGUUCUUGAGCUAGAGGGUGCUUCAUUGGAUGUGGAAAUGGAUCCUACGGACAACCAAGACGAGUUAAUGCACGAGCUCAUUUGUGGUAUUACUGGGCAAAUAGCUCAAGAGUUUCAUGAGGACGAGAACGAUGGCAGCCAAUUUUUAAACUUGCAUUAUCCUGGCGACCAGGAGCAAGAUAUUAGUGGGGAGGAAGAAGAAAAUGUCGAGGAAGCCGAGGUUCUACGCACUUCGAUUGCUUUGGUGAAGAGGAUUGAAAAAGACAAUGAUACGAGGGAACAACUUGUGGAGCGGGUGCGGAGCCUGGAGGCAGUAGCUGUUGAGAGGACGACCCUUGCGGAGAGUGUUGCGACGCUGGAACACCAAAACUUAGGGUGGGAAGAUACGGAGAAAGAUCUUUGUCGUCAGUUGGUGGAGGCGAGGGGUCAGCUUUCCCGGUCGUCCGCUGAGCGUGAGAAGCUGGCGAAGGAACUGACCUUGGUCGGCGUGGAGCAAGACGCGUCAGAGAGUAGUCGACGGGCUACGGAGGAAGAAUCUAAAAGGCUGGUGGCGGAGGUGGCCCGAGGGGGUGGCGACAUCGAGGACUCCCUCCGCCGCACAAUGGAGCUGAUCUGGUCUCGUACCCCACGUGACUCCUCCAAGCUCCGCGGGUGA